CUCAGUGUCCGACGUCCCCCUCCGCCCAGCUGUGUUUGCGUGGCAGAAAAAAGCCUCGCGUGAUACAUUUCUUUUCCUUCCCACGUCCUGUGGUGGUCGGGGGGUGAUUUAGGGCUCUGGAUGGUCUUCAGGGAUUAGAGAUUAAGAUGCAGUUUAUGCUAUUAUUCAGCCGUCAAGGCAAGCUGCGCCUUCAGAAAUGGUACGAGGCUCACCCAGACAAAGUGAAGAAGAAGAUAACGAGAGAACUCAUCUCUACCAUCCUUGCCAGAAAACCUAAGAUGUCCUCGUUUUUGGAGUGGAAGGACCUGAAAAUUGUAUAUAAGAGAUAUGCAUCAUUAUACUUUUGUUGUGCCAUAGAGCAGGAAGACAAUGAACUCUUGACACUAGAGAUAAUUCAUCGCUAUGUCGAACUCCUUGACAAGUACUUCGGAAGUGUGUGCGAACUCGACAUCAUCUUCAACUUUGAGAAGGCGUACUUCAUGUUAGAUGAACUGAUGGUGGGAGGUGAAGUUUGUGAGACCAGUAAGAAAAAUGUUCUCAAGGCAAUUGCGGCUCAGGACCUUCUGCAGGAGGAAGAGGCUGAGGAGGAUGCGAUGUAUUAUGGAGGAUACAAUAUCAGAAUGUUGUGAAAGUGCUUCAGUAUUUGUAAUUUUUACAAGGCUUAGAUAAUUUGUGACAGAUGGUCAUAUAUAUUUUAGAUGUUUUAUGUGUUAAAAGUGCUAAUGGUCAUAUAUAUUAGAUAUUUAUUUGUUAAAAGCUAUGUGGGAUUGAGGGUGUAUGUAAUUUUCAGAAUGUCAUGUAAUUGUGAGCGCGUGGAUUAUGGGUAUCUACAGGAAUUUGAACAUUAUAUCAAUAUGCUGAUGCUUACGUUUGAAUGUGUAUACAUGUGUAUGUGCAUAUAUAGUGUGUGCACAUCUGCAUUUAUGCACAUAUACAUGCUUUGCAUUCCCAUAUACAGUCACAAACACACACACACUCACAUGCAUGCACAUUCAUGCACUUGCACAGGCACACAUUUACUUACACUGUGAUCUAUUGUGUAAAAGUACUUUUUUAUACAAGACAAUUCUCUCUAUCUGACACAUCAUGAAAAGAACAUCAGUAUUUGUGUUCACUGCUCUCUGUUGUCCACUUUGCAGCAUUACAAAGGUAUGUUGCAUGUGAGUGAUAUUUGUGCAAUACUUCACAAAAACAUGACAAAGUAUAUGUGUAACGUCUGACAUUGAUCUUCGGUCCUCUCUACAUCAGAUGCCAAUCAGUAUGGCUGUAGAAGUACAAUUGAGUUAGUUUAUAUUAACACUAAAAAAAUAUCAGUAUUACAACUUCUGCAGCUGAGAUGUCAUUUGAAUGUAAUGUUAUAAUGCACAUUGACCGUUCGGGCUCUUUUAUUACCUUCGUUUUAAUCAAAUACUGGUAGCAUAAUUUCCUGGAUAAUGGUUGUGUGUAUGUAGUCUCUGAGGAGAAAUAGUAGAAUGCAUUGGGAAAUGAUUUUGUUUCCAUAUGAUUGGUGUAUUUGAAGUAUCUUUAGAUUACGUAAAACAUUUUGUGUCACAAAUCAUUCCUAACAGUUUUUGAAACUAAAAAAGAAUCCUAGUUUGAUGUGUGAUUUGGUAUAUUGUUUUGAACUGGAUAAGUAUCCAUAGAACAUUAUUUUUUCUUGCAUUUAAUGAAUAUUUCAGAAUUUUGAUGAGUAAAAGAAACAUAGAUUUUGCAAUAUGUUUUAUUGAAAUGAUAUCUGUAAUUGAAUUAAAGUUCCUAUGCAUUUUCUUCUGUGAGUAAAACUUGUGGUACUUAUGAAGUUUUAACCUUUUUUUCGUGGAAGUGUGCCAAAAAGUUAAAUUGUUAAAGGUAAAGAGAUAACUGAACAUGUAAUGUCAUAAUAAGCAUUAUAGGCUUAAUAAACAAGCACACACGAGAGUUCAGACACAUCGAGAUUCAUAAUACUGCCUAUAACACUUUUAUGUCUUGAGGUUAGGAAUUAACCGGUAUUAAUAUUAAUUCUUUCCCUUCCUCCCUCCUAGGAUGAGAUCGUGGAAAUGGCCCUCAGGGACAUGGGUCUAAUUUGAUGAUGAGAUCUUAUCAUUUUUUAGUCUCUCUUUUCGGAUAUGUAUGGGAUUUUGGACGUACAAGGUUUUCACAAAAGUUGAUGGAAUAGGUUGUGAAUUGUCAAGAAAAGGAGACCCUGUGCUGGGAGGUUCACACACACAGUUGUCAAAGCAGUAUUGUUCACAAAGGAAAUUAGAUUUUAGUGUCCUGUGAUAGGUUCAAGCACAAAAACUGAAUGAAUGUAUGUAAGAUUCUUUUUAGGAUUGCUGUACUGAAGUUUCAGGUCAUAGAAUGCUCACCGAUACAUGCACAUAUAUGUAAUAAAUGAAUGCUAAGUCAAUAAUUUCAUUUAGAUUCCAGUUUACAUUGUAUUUGUCUUUUCCUUUUUUGUUUAUAUCUUCCUGUAUUUUAUUUCCAAAAUGCCUUGAAUAUGGUUAUAUAUAACAAGAUUGGUGUUAGUGAUGGUAUAUAUUACAAUUAUUUUGAUGUUCAUUAUGGGAAUGAUUGACCAAUUUUAUAUCUUUAUGAAUAUAGCCACUUCUCCAUGUUAGGUUUAUUUUGAUAAUUCCUUGCUAGAUCUUUUUUGAUAUGGAAUAGAUUGUAGUUGAAAUAAAGUAGAUGUGAUGGCUAUGAUUUUUACUACUUUGUAAUAGUAUGCUAGUGUAGUUUUUUUUUAUGUAAUACCUCCCAUGUAUACCUUGAACAACUCUUUCUGUGGCUUACCAUACACUGGUGGUGGUUCCAGCUUGUAAAUAUGGUCAUUUAUGGCCUAGUGCUGAAAUAAAUUUGUCCCGUGUGUUA